CCGCCGACUUUCAGCACAAACGCGGGCGCACGCACGCGCACCUGCCCACCUCAGGGGUGACUUUCAUGAGCUCGGCUCAGCCUGCAACGUUUCUGGCCCGGGAUAACGUGUCCAAUUUUAUCAACUGGUGUCGGAAUGAGAUGCACAUCAAAGGGUCGUGGGGAACCUGGAGCCUAUCCUAGGGAGCAUAGAGCACAAGGCGGGGGACACCCUGGAUGUGGCACCAAUCCAUCGCAGGGCAUAAUCACAUACCCAUUCAUACACUAUGGACACUUUGGACAUGCCAAUCAGCCUACCAUGUAUAUCUUUGGACUGGGGGAGGAAACCGGAGUACCCAGAGGAAACCCCCGUAGGACUGGGAGAACGUGCAAACUCUGCACACACACACGGCUGCGGCGGGAAUCGAACCCCCAACCCUGGCAGUACGUUCUGAUGUUUGAGACAGACGACCUUGUCCUGCGAAAGAAUGAGAAAAAUGUGGUGCUCUGUCUACUUGAGGUAGCACGACGGGCCUCUCGCUUCGGCAUGGUCGCGCCUGUCCUUAUUCAGCUGGAGGAGGAGAUUGAGGAGGAGAUUCGCGAGGAGCCUGUGGUCCAGAGACGCUUGAUAAACACUGAGAACCUGGAUGAGAUGGUUCAAUAUCUGAUAAGUCGCUGCACUUGUCCCAGUCAGUUCCCCAUGGUGAAGAUGUCGGAGGGCAAAUACAGAGUCGGAGACUCCAACACCAUCAUAUUUGUGCGGAUAUUAAGGAAUCACGUGAUGGUGAGAGUGGGUGGAGGAUGGGACACCCUGGAGCACUAUCUGGACAAACAUGAUUCCUGCCGCUGCACAUCUCUCUCCCAUAAACUGGCACAGCGCCCUGCCACUCCGGUCCACGAGAUCAAAGCCAGGCAAUGUGGGCCUGAUGGGCAGGCUACAUCGCAAAUUUCUUUGGUGCUGAGCCGAGCCCAGUCCCCUCUCGACCCUGUAAUCUGGACCCCUUCUCUUCCCACUAGAAUCCAGAGAUCAGAGCCGGGGCUCAAGAAUAGCCCUAAACUAAGGGUCCCUUGUCGACAGACCGACUCUGAUACUAAUGAAGUGCUGAGGUCUACUAGCAGAAUAGGCAGAGGACCCAGUAGGGUGUCUCCAUCUCCACGUGUAACCAGCAGUCUUCCACGGCCAACUCGCCCGUCCACCCCACCACAACCAGAGAUUCAGCGUCCCAGUACGCCCUUGGUCUUGCAGAAGGUCUACAGCCAGACCUUUCCUCUACCCCAGCAAGGGCCAGACAACAGGCUCGGGCACAGUUGGACCAAGUCGCAGAUUGUAUCAAAGCUGAGACAAAAUGCCACAACUGGGCCAAAGAACAAACUGGAUUCUCAAAGUGUUCCAGAGCAGCCAGGAGUUUCAGUGUCAGCUCAGCCUUUUCAGUGUGUUACACCAGGUCAAUGUUUUGCAACCAACAACAGUUUGGUAAGCCACCAAGACCCUCAAGACAGUGGGAAUGCCAGAAAGAGCCCUGGGUUCAUUCGGACGUUUUCUCCAACAAAAGGGCUAAUGGGUGUCAUAUCAGGGGAUGGAUAUAAUAAGCUCCCUGCAUCAAAUGGAAAAGGCCAGUCAUCAGACAAUUCACCCCAACCUAACAGACUUCAAGGAAAUGAGAAUAGCCGACAAAGGUCUUCUUCACAUGGUAACAGAAAGCACAACUUGGAACUUUCAAAGCACACUGUACUAAAUGCUGUAGGCAACAUAAGCAAAUCAGACUUCAACAGCACCAUAGUGGAGCCAUCUCAACCUGUUACAGUUGUGAAUGCAGAAAACAAAUUUAGAGAUACAGAGAGAAGCUAUCUCUUUACUCCUCCUCCAAUCAGUCCUGCUCAGGAGGCCAUCCUGUACCAGAGCCUCGAGGAAGAGAUCCUGUUUAAUCUACAACAACUUGGCAUGGACUCUGAUGGUGGUGACUCAGAGAAUGAGCAGGACAGUAGUCAGCCUGACUACUUCAUUAAUUCUCAAGAGAUCUCCCAUGAGAUCAGGAAACCUUCUAUCCACAACACAUCCUCUCGUGCAUUCUAUUCAUCCUCUAGACAAACUAACGCAAGGGAUGCUAGUUUUGAAGCUGUCAUUGGUGAACUUUCAGAAGGGAGGAGGCCGCUUGAGAAAGUAUCUGUUGAAAGUUGGGUGAACAAUUUCUCCAGAGAUCUCAGAGGCAAGAAGCAAAAAAGUCAGACUAACAUAGAUUCAAGACACCUGAACGUUUCCAAACCCUCCAUGGUCAGUUCCUGGUCUUCACUGGGCUCCAGUAUGGAUUCAAAAGACUCUGUGGAACCAUCCAUGACUGCUGAAUCCAACAACUCUAGCACUGGCAAUAAGGAGAAGCCCCGGGCCCCUUCCUCAUAUCAGAGGAGGUCUUUGAAAAAGCCAGAAAGAGUGCCUUCCAUCUAUAAGUUGAAACUGAGACCAUGUGUCCGCCCCAGACGGGACCACAGACCUGACAAGACACCUACAAAGAUCCCCAAACCAGUUUGCUAUAGAAGUCAAAGUCCAGGAGACACCACUCCACACACCAUGUCAGUACAAAGCACUGUUAUAUCUGAUACUCAGAAUGGAAUCAAUGUUUCUCGUAGAGCUUCCACCAAAAGACGCUCUAGGAAAUCCUCUCAAACGACAUCCAAAUUCAGUGCCACAAUGUGCAGAGCAGGAGACCAGGAGAUGAUGGCAAAUCAGGAGCUUGAAUUCUGGGUUUAAUGUUUUUUUUUAUAUAUAUAUAUAUUUGCUCUCAGUUGUAAUUUGUGCCAUGUUUUGUAUCUCAGACAUUAACAGGGGUAAACUCAUUCAAUUAUGAGCUUAGUAACCAGUUCA